ACCCUGCUACUAAUAAAGAUGUUCACUUCUUAAAAUAUCCUAUAUACGUAGGUGGAAAUAGGGGAAGGGGUCAGAUUUAUCCUGAUGGUAGCAAAAGUAACAAUACAGUUUAUAAUGCUACGGCAGGAGGGAUAAUAAGCAAAAUUAUACGAAAAGAAAAAGGGGGAUACGAAAUAACCAUAGUGGAUGCAUCGAAUGAACGCCAAGUAAUUGAUAUUAUCCCUCGAGGCCUAGAACUUCUUGUUUCAGAGGGCGAAUCCAUUAAACUCGAUCAACCAUUAACGAGUAAUCCUAAU